CUCAACUCCACGACCGAAGAACAGAAGAUGACCUUCAGCCGGGUGUUAGCCGCUCUUCUUUGCUUCACCGCGUGGGUGAGCGUCGUCCAUGCUACCCAUGCAUCGGUGUCCAGCUGUUGUCUUGGGUGGUCUACGAGAAAAGUCCCCCCCAGAUGUGUUGUGAAUUACACCGUACAGACUGAUGCCGCCUGUUCAAUCAACGCCAUAGUGUUCCGGCACAUUAAUGGAGGGAGGAUUUGCUCGGACCCAAACAGUGACUGGGCAAAACAAGUCAUUCUGAAGGUGAACAGGGAGAAACGUAAGCAAAGUUCAUUGCAGGAGAACGGACAAAAUGAAGAUGGAACAACAAGCGCCGUCUCACCAGCAGUGUCCCUCCCAUCGAAAACUACGCUGCAGAAGACGAGCAGGAAUAGAAGGGGAUGCCAGAGAAAGAAGCCCAGGGCAGGAAAACGAGGCCAGAAUUGAAUUGUCUUGAGAGACGAUUCAAAGCUCAGUGUACAUGACUCUUUCCUCUUGUACUCGUCCAGCUUUACUCUAUGAAUGCUAUAAAAAAAACAAUUGAACAAAAACAGAGAUUAUUUAUAUAUUAUCUUAUGUAUUACUAAAUAUGCAGUCUUGUAUUGAAUAUUUUGUCAAUCUUGUCAUAAACGUGCGGAUGUCAAAGAACAUAAAGUUUUCAAUAUUUCAA